ACUGCUACUUUGAACCGUUUCAUUGCCACGAACUCAGUAUCACAGACUCGUAGUCACACAAGCUCAAAGAUGGCGGUCUCAUCUCCUCACUUCCCUCCAAUUCUCUCUCCUCUUCAAACCAAAUCUCCUGUCAAUCUUAGCUCUACUUUAACUCUCUCUCCAUUCUUCAAUGCAUCCUCCAAGUUUAUGCCAACAAAUCGACGCUCUUUCGUUAUCGUCUCCGCUAAAGGUCCCAAGGAAGCCAUGUCGAGUCAGCAGAAGCGAGAGCUCCUCGAGAGCUAUGGUCUUAACCCUAAUGACUUCAUUGAUGAACCUUCAGUUAAGAGGAACAAAAGAAAGGAACAGGUAAUGCCAAAAGGAAAGCGAGUGGUAGAGGAGGACAAAAAGCCACCUCGUACUACACAUAAGUUGCUUCAGGUGCUGGGUGGGAAAGCUAAAAGGAAGAAGCUUUUAUCUCCUGUAGGCAUGGAUGUGCGCCCCAUGAUGGAGGUAGUCAAAGGCGCUGCAUUUGAUAUAUUGCAGGUGGCUGGUGGCUGCCCUGCAUCUUUAAGGUCUGGUCGCUGGUUGGACCUGUAUAGUGGCACUGCGUCAGUAGGCAUUGAAGCUUUAAGUCGAGGUUGUUCUGAGGUGCAUUUUGUUGAGAUGGAUCCAUGGGUGGUUUCAAAUGUGUUGCAGCCAAAUUUACAGUGGACAGGGUUCCUUGAUGUGUCAGUGAUACAUACUGUCACUGUCGAAAAGUUCUUGGAACGUGCUCAGCAGUUUGUAGGUAGUGGUACAACUUUUGACUACAUAAGUGUCACACCUCCAUACAUGGAAGUGGAUUAUGGGUUACUUAUGACCCAAGUAUGGGAUUCAUCCUUGGUUGGAGAAGAUACUUUUAUUUUGGUUGAAUAUCCUUUGGGAACAAACAUGUCGGAUUCUUGCGGAUGCCUUAUGAAGAUAGCUGAUCGUCGCUUUGGUAGAACACAUUUGGCGAUUUAUGGGCCAAAGUGGGCGAUGAAGAAGAGGGGUUAAAUCACUUAGCUGGACAGUGUAAAGUAAUAAAUUUAUUUGAAAAUUGGGGAACGCCUACAGGAAAGCUUCCAACCAAAUGUCUCUUUCAUGAUUUGUGCAUUCUCUGCUGAUGUAUACAAGGGGCUGUAAUCUUCUGUUCGAAUUGAGAAAAGCUGACACAUUAAAGCCAUUUUUUGGCAUCUAUUGUAGGUCCAGGAGUCCAUCAUUAAAACUUGAGUUGUGCUUUCCCCAUGACUCUCACUUUGUAGCUAAGCUUGCAGCUGUAUUGACAUAGACAAAUUACUGAAGUUAGGGGUUGGUCAAAAGUGCUGGAGACUGUAUGCCUAAAAUUUGUCCAUUUCCGAUUGAGGAAUGAUUGUGCAUAGCUCAUGUAACGAGGUGGGAAUAAUUUCAAUUUGAGGAAAUACAUACAGCAAAGAGAACAGAUCUCCUAAAGCAUACUGAUUUAAGCAAACAGGGAAAGUUGAACCACUUUGAAUUAUACUUUUUGAGCAAUACAAAGUGAUGUGACUCCUGGAGAUUUGCUUUGGAGAACAAUUUGUGCUGUUGAGUGAUCCUUGUAGCCAAUCAGUAAGACUUUUUGUGCGCAAAAUGACCACUGGUAAAACCAAAGUUGCUUCUGAUGUUCCCUUUUAUUCUGAUGCUUACAAGUAUUUUCAUGCAGAUUCAGUGCCGCUUUCUUAGUAUAUUGUGGGCUGGUUUAAUGAAGGAAGAGAAUCAGAGAAGUAUGUAGUAUGUACCAGAGUUCUUAACUUUGUUAUGGGGAGUUGAGGUUAAGUUUAAGCAUGGCUGAUUUGAUCCAACCGAAUCUGGUGGAAGUUGAAACUGGAAAUGAUCUGUUUCAAAAUUAUUUGAUGUUCAAAGGAGAAUUAUCAUUAUAUCAGUAUUUAAAAUUAGAGGCAAUAACAUCCCCAACCCCUUCUUUUUAACUUAUGGAUAGUACAUUUUUCACAGGUUUCCUUAGUUCAUGUUGCACUUUCCUCCAUGUUAAUAUUUUAAUUUGCCUGCUCUAGAAAUUUUUACUUUUUGGAUGUGAACUGCCCACAUUUAUACUGUUAACAGUGUAGUUCUGUUUAACGGAGAUCUUUCUAGGUGGUCUCACUGAUUAAAGGCUCCAUUCUCUCCAUAUUUACUAUAUGUUGGUAAAGGAACUUGUCACCGCCGGAGAUGGUAACUUUUGGUGGACCAUGCAUUGUGCACUUAAUUGGAGAUUUACUGAUUUAGGUGUCCCUCAUUAUUGCAGAGUUGUCGCUAUUACUUUUGGUAGACGUUUUGAAUGAACUUUUACUUGUUCAUAGACAUGUCCUGAUCUUUAACCUUUGCUGCCUGACACUGAGUUUCUCUCUCUGUGCUCACUGUGUUUUGCGUUUUUGAACCCUGGGGAUUUAUGAUUUAGCCUCUGUGAGUAUGGGACUAAUUUCGUAAUCCCUUUUGCCUAAAGAUUAACGGGGGAAGAGAGAAAGACUGCUCUCUAUUCUUUCCUUAUCUUUCAUAUAUCGUCGAUGUUAGUAGCUAUAGAGUUUCGGUUUCAAGUGAGAAGUGUGUUCUAGGCACGGCACACACUGUCCAAAGGGAACUCGUUCCUUGCCGCCAUGGCUCACUAUCAUCUGCACUGCCAGUCUUGAACAUUAUUUAAUAGGUUAUUGUGGGAGCUUACCCUCAGGCCAGUCUUCCGAGUAAUGGUGCUUUUUUUCCAUUAACGAGUGCCUUUUUGUUUAAUUACUUAAAAUUAACUCGAUGCUGUUUGCUAAAGUAAAUGUAAUUUUUAUAAUUUUGAUGCAAAAAAUGUGGAGUAAAUGUUUGUGUUUUUCGAGGUGAGUCAUAAUCCUAUAUGUUGUAGAGACCUAAAGGAUUCAUUAAGCAUUAGGGGGGCAGAAUGGUCCCAUUCUUUGGGCUUCAUAAAAAUACGCACACUAAAACAGAAGAACUAGACUGGUUUGGUCCCAUGCUAUCUACGAGAUAACUAACUUUUUCUCUCUUUUUGUCAUGCCUCUCUCCUUCUCUGUCCCCGCCCCUGCUUUGACACACAAGAGUUGAAUCAGUGGCCCUUUAUUUAAAACUUGCAAAUUACCUCUUACUCUUCCCCGUCCUCUCCCCCCUUUCCUUCCUCUUCCCUUGCCCCUCUGCUUUGACAUAGGAAGUUUUAAUAAAUGCCCUUGUAAUCAAAGCUUGCUUAUGUGUGUAUGCCAUCAUACAUUGAAAAUUCUUGGAUAUCACUUGUCUUCUUAAUUUUGAAAUGAUCAUCGUUGUCGUCCUCUUUUCCUUUUUUCUUGAGAGCAACAUAUCCUUCUUAGGAAGGAGAAUAUAGCAGACUGAAGUGGUGGUAUGGCUGGUUAUGGUGAUGACAAAGGAGUUGGGAGGGUUUUGAUAACUUUCGUGUUGAUUGUAUCUGUAUGGUUCUUGUUCAUGGGGAUUCUAGAAAUUCAGGGACCCGCAGAGGUCACAAGUUCAUCACCUAGCAAUCACAAACUUACAACGUUGCUGCCGAGGAAGCGAGAGUCUGUUCCUGUGAAACUUGAUCCAAUUUAUGCUAAUAAAAGACGAGUUCCAAGUGGACCUGAUCCUAUUCACAACAGGCAUGUUGGGGAGACUAGAAGACCACCUGGGCGUGUUUAGCACUGCAUCAGAAUUUAACAGAGGUGGAUUAGUGAGUGCUUUAUUGAUUGAAUGUUACCAAUUGCUGCUAUCUCGCAUUUUUUGUAUGGUGGACGAAUCUUCAAAGCUUCUAGUUUGUUACUAUUAUAUGAAUAAAUAUAGGAAGUGGUCGAUUUGAGUAUGAUUUAUUUCCAAUUUAGUAGAUUAUCGUAUGAAGUGAUUCCUUUGUUUUCUGUAAAGGUUUUUAUUUUUGGUUUUUGGUUUUCUUCUAUUAUCAUAGCGGUUAUUAUCAUGAUAAAAGUUAAACUUCUAUGGAAGAUUUUGAGAUUUUACGUGUAAAUAAAGAUGAAGUAUUUUAUUGGUGGGA